AUGGUGGGUGGUGAAGGGCGAAGGUGGUUAGCAUUGCAAAAAGAUGUGGUGGUUGUUGUCACGGUGGGCGUCAUGGUGGGCUAUGGUAGAGGGUGGAUCCGAUGGUCUGUGGUGGUGAGUGGUGAUAUGAGCAACAAGGAAGUGAAAUCAAAUCUUUCUUCAGCUGCUAUCAUUGGUGGUAACCAAGAUAUUCUUACGGAAAUACUUCUCCGAAUACCUGCAAAGUCACUGUUCAAGUUCAAGUGUGUGUCAAAACAAUGGCUUUCUGUGAUUUCUGACCCUAAAUUCUGCCUCUCUCAUACUCGCCACAAACUUAGCCGUUACCCCACACCGAAUGCUCUCUUGCUCAAGAACCAGUACUCUUCUUCUCCUGAAUUCCAGGUUGUCCCACUCAAGGAUGCUACAAAAGUUCCGUUCUUGGAUUAUCUCAAUGUACCAAGAAUCAAGAUAGAGCGUUCUUGCAAUGGCUUGCUGCUUUGCUCUUCCGCUUCCUUCCUCAAAACCGGUGAGCGACUAAAGAAUGAGUUAGGUGUUGAGGGCGUCCCCGUUCCUCCUGCAAAUCUGGUAGACCAUUCUAGCUAUGUGAUCAAUGGUGACGAUCUUGGGCGUCGGUAUUUUAUUUGCAAUCCAACUACGAGGGAAUUCAAGAGACUUCCUUUCCCUAGUUAUAUACUAAUACCUGAACUUCUGUUACCUCAUUAUCCAUGGCUUUUUUAUCCAUGGAUUUUUUUGGCCUUUGAUCCCAUGAAGUCACCUUACUACAAGAUAAUUCUCUUGCGCAUGAUGUCGAAGACAGAAAUUGGAAUUGAUGUAUAUUCAUCAAAGACAGAAUCAUGGACUCGGGCACCAACCCUUUUUGAAAGGCCACUCAGAAUGUUCAGCUAUGAUGGGAUUUUUUGUAAUGGUGCCAUUUACUGGUACAGUAAGGCAGCCACUUCAGUUUAUUUUGAUGUUGACAGUGAGACUGUAAAGAAAAUAGCAAUGCCUCCUAUGCUCAAGGAUAUGCCCCUGACACACAUUUCGUACUUUGGGGAGUCUCGUGGUCAUUUGAACUUGGUAGGUUUUAAUAAUUUCUCCAAUUUGUCAGAAUUGUAUGUCUGGGAGAUGCCACCUAAUCACUGUGGCUGGCUUCUGAGAUACCUUGUGGAUCUUCAUUCUAUAAGAGAAAAUCCUCGCGCGAUUUCAGUGUUGAGUGUUAUUCGCACUGAAAAGGAAGAAGAGUCGAUGCUUGUUCUGCUUAUGGAUGGUGGUAGGGUUGUAUCUUAUAAUACUUGUGAUGGAACAUCAAACAAGCUAUGUGAUUUGGAGCCAAGAACAGAAAUUGAAAAUAACAGUGGCAAAUUGGAUUAUAAUGGUCGCGAUGUCUAUCAAUACUUUGAGACCCUCAUUUCUUUUCCAGAAUAG